CGAAGAAAUCAAACUUGUUUACACUAGCUCUUGGAAAGAUAUUGGAUAUUGAACAAGGUCAAGCUCGCGAUAAAACAUGAGACUAAAUAUUAUUGUCGCAGUUUCCAAUAACUGGGGUAUCGGGAAAUGUAGCGGUUUGCCUUGGAAAUUGAAGAGAGAUAUGGCAUUUUUCAAGACAAUAACAACUAAGGCUCAGUCAGGCCUCAAAAAUGCGGUUGUUAUGGGGAGAGUUACAUGGGAAUCUAUACCUGAGCGCUUCAAACCAUUAAAGGACAGAAUUAACAUAGUGGUAUCUAGCACUCUAUCACAAAUACCAGGUGUUCAGGUUGUUCCCACUCUCAAUGCAGCCAUUAACUUGCUGUAUAAUGAAGAAUUCAGCUCAAUAGUCGAUCAGGUUUUUAUUAUUGGUGGGUAUUGUCUUUACAAAGAAGUCUUAAAACAAUCCAUAUACCCUGUUCGUAUCUAUUGUACUCACAUACUAACUGAGGUUGAUUGCGAUACGUAUUUUCCAAAAAUUGACUGGGAAAAACUGAAAAAAAUUGAUUUACCUGAUAUACCAACAGAUACUUUCACGGAGGAUGGAUUUACAUUCAAAUUCUGUGUUUAUGACGUUCCGUCUGAGCAAUUUAUGUGAUUUGAAAUUUAUCAGAUAUCAUGAGAAUGAACACUGAUUUGUCAAUUGUUUAGUCUAAAAUACAAAUCGGUUCAAAUA